AUGGCUUCCGACGCAGCUACAGAUGCGCGGCAGGCGACCCGCGAGGAGAUGCGAGAUGCAAAGCUCCCUCUCGCCUACAGAGACAGCUGCGCUCACCUCCUGAUUCCCCUGAACAAGUGCCGAAGAGAGACCUGGUAUGCUCCGUGGAGUUGCACGGACGAGCGACACGGCUACGAGAAAUGCCAGUACGUCGAGUUCAAGAAGCGGGUGGCCAAGAUGAACGAGCUGCGGGAGUCAAAAGAGGGCGCACGAAGCAACUAG